UACUACCGUCGACCGAAGGUCAGUGGAUGUUCGUCCGCACUCCGCAGCAGUAUAGAUCUGUCUUCUGGUACGCGUUCCGCGAUAAUUGUUGCUCCCGUGGUGUCUGUCGUUGCCGUUUAUCCCCCGUUCUGCCGAUGACGUCCAUCGCAGCCGGUCUCCGACCAUUUGCGUUUCGCACGCGUCUAAAUAGGACCGUCGUUAACGCGUCGCGUUAGAUCGAUAUUCGGCGUAAAGAGAGCGACCGCCGCCACAGUACACAACCGUCUCAGUCGCGCCGCCUCCUUCACCUGUACAUGAUCGUACCAAAAACUUUGUCAAGGAGUGCACACUGUGUGUGCCGAUUAUCGGAAUAUAGCCUCAAAAAUAGCAGGCCUAUUACAUCAUUUACCUGAAUGUUUCUUUGCUUAAUGGAUCAACGAGGUUUUGUGGAUUUAUUUCCCAUAGUUUUAUAUGUAAAUGGAUAAUUUUAACAUCCCAUUGCUGAAGCCGAGUGAAAUGGAUAAUAGUAAUAAUUGUUUUAUCAGUGAUCCAUCUCUAUUUUCUCAUUUGGAAAUAGACCAAGAUCAUGAAUGUCUUAAACAGUUUUUAUUGGAUCAAGAUAAAACAACUCAUCAUCCACCACUACAUGUUCAAAAUUUUGAUCCACUAUCAUACAAUAACAUGUUGCAUCCUAAUAAUAACAUGAUACAAGAUGUAUAUCGGAACCGAUUAGAUUCAAAUCAGUUACUGAGUCAGAGUUUUAACAAGGAUAACUCAAACUAUAUGAAUGAUUCUUAUGGUGGUUAUACUGUACUAACGCCAAAUCCUUCACCUAUGGCUUUUAAUUACAACCCUCAACCAUUAAGUUCAAACUUUAAUUCAAUGGACACAAGUUCUUCGGUCUUACCACUUCCUGGCUUUGACCCUAACACAAUGUCAAAUCAUGUAGACACCUUUAUACCUUCAGUUAAUACAGGACCAUCAACCUUGCCUGAUUUUAGUAAUAGACAAAUUAGAAAUGAUCAGUAUUCUCCUGGUAUAUCUCCAACUAUUGCCAGUUUCCCUACACCUGUAAGCGUGUCUGAUAGUCCAGGUGCUGGAGCCCUUAGUGCAUCACCUAUGUGCAAUGGAGAAAAUUCUAGUUUAAGUGACAGUGUUAUUAGUCCUGCUACUACACAAAGAACUGGUAGUGAGCGGUCAGUAGAAACAAAUCCACGAUCAAUUGAAAGUGUAUCAAGUGAUUUAUGUUCACCUAGGGUUGAUUUAGAAUCUUUAAUCAUACAACCUCAACCUACUCCUAGUGGAGAGGUUCCUAAGACAUUAAUUACUCCACCAACACUUAUGCCAAAAUCUGCAACUGUCAAAGGUGUAACACUAAAUAAAUCUGGAAAACCUCGCAAACGACGUUCAGCUCCCAAAGACAAACCAAUUAAGCCUAAAAAACCACCUGCAGGCUCAAUGUAUCAUAGUGAGAUUGCUGAAAAUGGUGGUAUCAAAUUAAAAAUAUCAUUAACAGCUAUGCCUCAAAAAAAGAAACGAAAAAGUAGGAAGAAAGUAGAUGAAAGUAAAACAAUGCAAUGUGAUGAACCAGCUGAACAAAGUGUGUGGGGUAAUCAACUACCUGAACCUAUACUAUUUGAAAUUUUUCGUUUAGCAACUAAAGAUGAAGGAUGCAUUCCGUUUCUUGUCAGAGUGUCUCAGGUUUGUAGGUUUUGGCGUAUAGUUGCGUCUGAUCCAUUACUUUGGACUAAUAUUGACUUAGCAGGGCGAUGGGUUUCAAAAAAUCCUAUAAGAAAUGAUAUAAACUUUAGAUGGCUUUGUGAGAACCGACUUGCCAGAGUACAGGAACUCAAUUUAGGUGGUUGGCAAUUUACUGGCAUUCCUGUUAUACUAGAUAAAAUUAGCACUUCAUGCUUAGAUUUACGAGGAUUGAGUUUAACAGGUUGGGAAGGUCUUAGCUUGGAUAAUGUUCGGUUUAUCAUCACCAAUUGUCACAAACUGGAACGAAUAGAUUUAUCAGGAAUAAAUGCUCAACAUAGCAGUGGUAAAAGUGGAGUUUGUUUAAACUCUCUGAUGUUCCUGACAAAACAUAUGGGCCAAAGAUUGACACACUUAAAUUUGGCCGAUAAUCGUCUAUCAGGGAUUACUCAAUUAGUCAAUUCUUUAGCUGCACACUGCCCAAAUCUUCAAUCUUUGGAUUUGACUAAAGUCAGGAUGGUUGGUAAUACAGGACAUCUUCAUAUUGAACGUUUACAAGAAGGAUGUCCUAAAUUGCGUGUAUUACGAAUGUCUACUAGCCAACUAUGUCUAAGUAAUGUUCCAUUAAAUGAGCAGGCCUUAUCUCCAGGAUUUCCACUUUUGGAAGAAUUAAGUGUUGCCACAAUUUCUAAUGAUCUAAAUGUCUCUGGACAACCAUUUAUUGAUGAUCAAGCUCUUGAGAGGAUAUUAAAAACAUCACAUAAAUUGUAUGUGCUUGAUGUUAGAGGAUGUUCUAAAGUUACAGAUUCAAGUCUAGUAAGGAUACCUGCAUGGGAUUUGACCCACCUAUAUUUAUCAGGGUCUUUUGUUACUCGAGUAUCGGAUUCUGGUCUUGAUCUGAUAUGUAAAAAGUGGAGUCAUAGUCUCGUAGAAAUUGAUCUCUCUUGGUCAAUCAACACUUUAAUACUGGAUGCAGCUGUUCUUGCAAUUUCAGAACAAGGAGAAAAAUCUAUGCUUAGAAAAAUGGAUCUUACUGGGUCUUCAGUUAGUCUUGAACCAGUAAAAGCCAUAUUAAAUAACUGUCACCGUCUUAACUCUUUGAACUUAGCAUCAUGUCGAGGCUUACCUAGAGGUAUCAAAAGACUAUAUAAAGGUCACUCAUUGACUGAAUUACGAGCACAGCUUAAUAAACCUGAUUCAUCUCAAGAAUCUGAAGAUGGAGGCGGCUAGAUUUAAAAUUAAGGUACCUUCCAUUUCUUUUUUUUACUGUUUUUAUUUAUUUAUUAUUACUUUUUUUUUUUAUUACUUUUUUACAUGUUAUGUUUAAACAAUUGAAAGAUUGUUGUUCAAUGUGAUAGUUAUAAAUUUACAUUAAUAUUAUUAUUAUUAUUUUUUUUUUUAUAUAUAUAUAUUAUUAUUAAUUAUUCUGACCGAUAUAUUAAGUAAUAGUACAAAUUAAAAAGAUAACAUUUUUCAUAUUAUUUUUCUCUAAGAAAAAAUUUAACAAAACAUAAUAUUAUCGUAUAUUGAUAUCCUUUUUUGUUGAUUUGUCCACUGUAAUUUUAUUUAAUGUUAAAGAUUUUAUUUCAAAACCAUUAGAUGUAUUAUAAUAUUAUAAAGUUAAUUACAUGUUUUAUAUAUAUUUCUAAAAAAAUAAGUCAAUUACAAUGUAUGGCUUUUGGAUGCUAUCUAACCUAUUUUGUCAAAAAAAAAAUAUAUGUGAUUGUAGAUUUGUACUCUGUGUCGAGUUUUAGAAAUCAAAUUCUAUUAAGUGAUUAUGUGAGUUAUCUCAACCAUAUACAAACAGUAUUAAUUCUUCAUUGUUAAAUCAAUAGCUAAUACCUAUUUAUAUUUGAGUUUACCAUAAUAAAUAUAAUAAUUGGAGUUGUUCACAUAAAUGUAUUACACAUUAUAUGUCAUUCAAAUACUGUCAUUUUAGUAAUGAUUUUAUCUAUUUAAUUUCUAUUGUAAAGAUAAACUAUAUUUAAAAUUAACUGGAUAAAUAAAAUUUCUUAAAGAAAAAGUUAUAUACACAUAAUUCUUUCAACUUAAAAAAAAUUAAAAGCUUUUCUUAUAUUUUUAGUACUACCAAUUUUAAUUUAAUUUUGACAAAAUUAUGAAGAUGAUCCACUGAUGGUAAAAACAGUUUUGAAUAAAAUUAAAAUAAUUUUAGUAAAUAAGAAAUAUAUUCCAACAUUUUAUAAAAAUAAAAUUAUUAAUUUUAUUAAAUAUAGUCUUGGAAAUAACCAAUAAUUAAAAAUUAAACAAAUUAACUAGAAGGCAUGUAUCAAGUUAACUUCUGUGUUGCUUACAUGCUUGUUAGAUUUUUCAUCAGCGAUAUCAAUGUAUGAUAUAUUUAAGGUUUAAGACGGCAUUACCAUUCCUACAACUUUUUAAGACAUUUUUUUCUUUUACUAUUAUUAUUUAAAGAAAGUUGAGUAUAAUUAAUAAUAAAUCUUCUAAAAUAUAAUUUUUAUUUUUACUUAUUAAUUCUAUAUUUUUGUAAUCAAACAAAAAUGUGUUUUUAUGAGCAAGAGCUUUUUUAAAUAAUCACAAGUACUUUUAAAUGUGCACACAAACCCCAGAAACUAUAAGUAUCCAUUAUUUUCUAAGUUGAAUAAGUUGUUCUAGUUAAUUUAAUUCUUUUUGUAAAUAUUUUCUAAUGUUUGUUAUAACUGAUUAGUUACCUUUACCUUCAAUUUUAGUAUUUAUAUUUAAAAAAAAAAUAUAUUGUUUCUAAAUUAUUCCCUAAAGCACAUUUAAAAGAUAUAAAUUAUUAGGUUAUGUAAUUUAAUAAUUAUAUAACAUAUAACAUAUAAUAUAUUCUAUUUGGGAAUUAAUGUUUUUGUAGAGUGGUUUUUCACAUUUAUUCAUCUCUGUUAUUAAUUACUUUUUAUCAAAUAGUGGCAAAUAAAUAAAAAAUAUGUUAUCAUAAAUUCUUAAUUUUGUAAAUAUCAUUAAAUAAAACAAAUUUUAUACAUUUUGCAGUUAUAUAAUUUAAAGUAUUUUUUCUUUUCUCCAAAAUAAAUUUAUAGUUUAUGCUUACUAACCUCAACUAAUAUUUUAAUAUUUAUGUAUUGUUUAGCCAUAGGUGCACAUUUUAAUUUACAAAUAUCUUAUGAUUACACAAUUUAAUAUUAAAUAUUAUGUAAUAUAAUAAACAUAAUAUUAAAAAUUUAGUAAGUUCCAUUUAAAAAACAAAAUUAUUAAUUUUGAUAAAUUAAAUUUAUUAGUAAUGAAAGUUUUAAAUUUAUUUUUUUUUUAUACAAUUAAGAUUUAAAAACUUUUAUAUUAUUCAAUGUAAAAAUUAAUUUCCCAUUAUUGCAAUCAUAAAUUUAUACAUGUCUAAUUAUUUUAUAUUUCAUUUGUUAAAAUGGACUAAAUAUAUGUACGGAUAAACAGAGUUUUUUUUUUAUUAUUCCACAAAAAACAUUAACUCUAAAUAGAAUUCAUUAAUGAUUACAAAUUAUUUUGUUAUUAUUACCAAUUUCCAAUCUUUUCUUUAAAGUUUUAAAUAAUUGAAAUGAUAAGAAUAUCAAACUUAUUUUAGUCAUAAUUGUUAUUUUUUAAUUAACAAAUCUCUAUAUGAAUGGAAAUCUUGUGUAAUUAUUAUUCUUCAAAAUUCUGUCUUUCGAAAAAAAAAAUUAAAAAUAGUGUCUAUUUGGAUGUUACUGAAAGGAUUAUCUGAAGAUCUUGAGUAUUAUUUUUCCUUUAUUUAAAACAUAACUGUAACUACAUUUACGUCUGGGGCCAAAUCAUUUUCACGUCUUCUACUCUAAACUAUAAUCUGGUAAAUAAAAAACAAUUCUUCAUUAUUUCAUUUCUAUCUAUAAUGCCACAAACUUUGUAUAAAUUAUAAUGUUUUAUUUGUUUGUUAAGAUAGUUAAAUUAUGUUGUUUUUUAUUAUUAUUAUUAUUAUUUUUAAUUUAAUUUUUUUUUAUAAUAUAAAUAUAUACAUAUAUCUUAUUAUUGCUGUACAUAACAAAGAAUGUUCUAAUAUAGAUUAUUAUAUUUUGUCCAUAAAAAUGUAAAAUAUAUAUUGUUGAGACUGUAAAGACGUAUGUAAAUGUAUUGUUUAUACAUAUGAAUAAAAAUUUAAAAUACACACAAAUACUUGGAUUUUUAAAAUCAUUAAACAUAGUGGUUUUACACUUAUUAUCUACAAAAUUCCAAUUUCUUGCCUGUAUUAAUUGAUUUUGCUCUGUAGAUAUAAUGUACAGUUGUGUUUUAAAAUGUAUAUUGGCUGCAAUACAUAUUUUAUUAAAAAUUGAUAAAGAUAAUAAAAUACUCAUUUAAAUGCUUAUAACUAAAUAUAUUUUAUCAUAAACUUAACUUUAAUUUAUGAAAUAUUAACAUUCAGUGCAUAUAAGUUACACUGGAUAUUAUUAAUAAUUUUCUAUGAAUUAUAUUUAUAUUUAAAAAUUUUAAAAACAUUAAAUGUCUGAUAAAAUUGUUAAAAUAACUACAAAUUGAUGUUAUAAUUUACAUCAAUGUACUGGGCAAUGGAAUGAAUUGGUAUUUGUUAAAUAAAAGUGAAAACCAUUAUGUUGUACAGAUUUUCUAAACCCGUGUAUUGUAUUAUUUAUUGUUAGGUUGAAAAUAUCAUUAGGAUUUUUAUGUUGUUAUAUUUUAAAAAUCCAACCAUUUUGAUUUGGCUUAUAAAAAUUAUUAUGUUUUUCUUUAUGUAUAAAUAAAUAAAUUAGCAUCAUAAUAAUUUUUCUGCUAUGUUAGAAUUAUUAUGAAAUUGAUUUUGUGAAAAAAGUCGCUCUCUAUUUGAAAAAAAUUGUUAUUUGAAUAUAAUAUAAUUAUAAAGUAUAAUUAAUAAAA